AUGGAAACAAUAUGUGCUAGUGACAUGCAAAAGAAAAUUGACGAAUUAUGGACAGAUGUUGUAUGGACUAGUGAUGAGGUUGAGUAUGAUCAAAGGUUGAACCAACUUGAGGAGACGUGUGUUGAUUAUAAUGAAUUUAUUGAUUAUGUGAAGGACAUAUGGUUGACACCACAUAGACAAAGAUUUGUUGGAGCAUGGAUUAAUCGAGUGUUACGUUUGGGUAACACCAUGACUAAUUGGGUUGAGUAUGCUCAUUGCAAGUUAAAGCAAAUGUUGGGGAACAAAUGGUCAAAUGUUGGGAGGUUAUGA